AUGAGGUAUCAGAAUGGUGGAAUACAACUCUCAGUGAGAGAGCAUGGUGGCAUCCGAUCGCCAAAGCCAUUCGUGAAGUCAGGACCAGUUCCACGCCACGUGGCGUUCGUGAUGGAUGGAAAUCGACGAUUUGCAAAAACUCAUCAACUUGGCCCAGUUAUUCAUGGCCACGAAAAAGGGUUCCAUCAACUUGCAAAGAUUUUGGAAUGGUGCCAUGAAUUAGGAGUGCGGGAAGUGACUGUCUAUGCGUUCAGUAUCGAAAAUUUCAAACGUAGCUCAGAAGAAGUGGAUGGCUUGAUGAAGCUCGCCGAGGAGAAGUUUGCGAAGCUCCUGGCCGAAAAGGAUAAGUUGAUGGAGAAAAAGAUCUCCUUUCGAUUUUUCGGCAAUAUUGCUAUGUUGCCACCCAAACUGCGCAAAUAUAUAGCUCAGAUUCAGCUUCUGACGAAGGACUAUGAAAGUGGCGUAGUGAACGUAUGCAUGCCAUAUACUUCGAGGGAUGAAAUUGCUCGUGCUUUCGAGUUGAUCAGGAAAGGAAGAGAGAAGGGACUUGUAGCAGAGAAUCAGAUAUCUGAGUGGUUGAUUUCACGUUGUUUGGAUAGUCGGCACGGAAGUGAACCUAAUUUGCUUAUUCGUACGAGCGGAGAGAAACGAUUAAGCGACUUCCUCCUUUGGCAGUGCUCUUCUUGCCACAUAUACUUUGAUGACGUUUUAUGGCCAGAAUUCAGCUUCUGGAAUCUCUGUAAAGCGAUUCUUUCGUAUCAGUAUCAUAUCAGCUCUGUGCAGGAAAUCCGGCGUUGCCAAAAGACGACCGAUCCCUCCGAAGAAGAACUUCUAGCAAUACAACCCUUCCUUGACUAUGUCGAUGCCGCUCAUGAUGAUUUGUUGAAUGAGUUCGCAGCCCAGGAAGUUUAA